AUGUCGCACGGGUGCAGCAGGGCGCGCGUUGAGCUGCUCUGGGUCGUCCUCUUAACGCAGGUCGUCCUGGCGGCUGCGCUCACCCAAACCGACAAGUGCGGCGGGGCCAUCGACAUCCAUUCCCCGGGCUACCUGACCUCUCCGGGCUACCCCGGCGCCUACCCGCCCUCGCAGCAGUGCGCCUGGGUGAUCACGGCACCCGAGCAGGGCCAGAAGAUCCUCAUCAACUUCAACCCACAUUUUGACCUGGAGGACCGAGACUGCAAGUACGAUUACGUUGAAGUGUACAACGGCGAGGAUGAGCUUGCACCCAUGUUGGGCAAGUUCUGUGGCAAAAUCGCGCCCUCGCCAAUCAUCUCCAGCGGCAGCCAACUCCUCAUCAAAUUCGUCUCCGACUACGAGACGCAUGGAGCCGGUUUCUCUGUGCGCUACGAAGUCUUCAAGACAGGUCAGGAAUGUUCCAGAAACUUCACCGCUCCCUCGGGGGUCAUCAGGACGCCCGGCUACCCCGACAAGUACCCCAACAACCUGGAGUGCACCUUCAUGAUCUUUGCCCCCAAGAUGUCAGAGAUCUUGGUGGAGUUCGACAGCUUCGACAUGGAACCUGACACCACGCCGCCACCGGGGGCACUGUGCCGCUAUGACUGGCUGGAGAUUUGGGACGGGUACCCAGCAGUGGGUCCUCACAUCGGGCGCUACUGUGGGCAGAAUUCUCCAGGUCGUGUGCUCUCCUACACUGGCAUCCUGUCCAUGACAAUCACCACCGACAUAGCUAUCAGCAAGGAUGGCUUCUCUGCUAACUACACCAUCAGGGACACCGGCCUCCCCCAUGGAAACAGAUUGGAAGACUUCUCCUGCACCGAGCCUCUGGGCAUGGAGUCGGGCGAGAUUUCCUCGGAGCAGAUCACCGCCUCCUCGCAGUACAACAGCAAUUGGUCGCCAGAGCGCUCACGCCUCAACUAUCGCGAGAACGGUUGGACGCCGUCGGACGACACCAUACGUGAGUGGAUACAGGUGGACCUGGGCUUUCUGAGGUUCAUCACAGCCAUUAGCACCCAAGGAGCCAUCUCCAAAGAGACCAAGAAGCACUACUUUGUUCGUUCCUACAAGGUGGACCUGAGUUCUAAUGGAGAGGACUGGGUCACAGUGAAGGAUGGCUCCAAACAAAAGAUCUUUCAGGGUAACCACAACCCAACAGACGAAGUUCGUGCCUUCUUGCCUAAGCAGACUCUCGCCCGCUACGUUCGCAUCCGGCCCAUGUCCUGGGAACAAGGCAUCUGCAUGCGUUUCGAGCUCUACGGCUGCAGAACCUCAGACUACCCAUGUUCGGGAAUGCUGGGCAUGUUGUCCGGCCAGAUCUCGGACGGCCAGAUCAGCGCCUCAUCCUAUGCCAACCGGGGCUGGGUCGCCGAGAACGCCCGUUUGUUGACGGGCAGGUCAGGAUGGACGGGCCAUCAGACCAAGCAACCCUUCAGGAACGAAUGGCUACAGGUGGACCUGGGCCAGGAAAAAAUGGUGAGCGGCGUGGUGAUUCAGGGUGGAAAACACUACGACAAGAAUGUCUUCAUGAAGAAGUUCAAGGUGGGAUACAGUCUAGACGGAGAAGACUGGUCCCUCAUCAAUGAAGACAACACCACCAAGCCCAAGGUGUUCUCCGGCAACCAGAACCACGACACACCUGAGCUGCGGUCACUGGGUCCUGUGCUGACCCGUUACGUCCGGAUUUACCCGGAGAGAGCCACUAUGGAGGGGGUAGGCCUCCGACUGGAGUUGCUGGGCUGUGAACUGGAUGAAAUCACACCCACGGCCUCGCCUACCACGCCAGUCAGCUCCGCACUUCCUUCUAGCACAAUGGUAGUGACCACCACAUGGUCCCAAACGGUGCCCUUCACCACCUGGCACAGCAACACCGAUUCAAAGGCUCCCGAUGUGUUCCAUGCGCAUGUGGCAGGAGGUGUCACACCCGCUGACCCCGUGGUGGACUUCAUCCCAGACUACUUGUGGUUCGCCUGCAAUUUUGACUUUGCCUCCUUCUGCGGUUGGACCACGGAUGCGGGUUCGGGUGCCGAGUGGCUGAUCCAGACUGGCUCGGGAACUUCGGCCGCACGCAGGGCGCCCACGCUGGACCACACGGGCCGCGCUGGAAACUUCAUCCUGAUGCAUCUGACCGCCUCACCGUUCCGAAGGGAUGGAGAGGAUGCGGAGCGGGUGGCCAGGCUGUCCAGUCUGCCCGUGACGGCGCCCCACGCCGACCUGUGCGUGUCCUUCUGGUACCACAUGCUGGGCCAGCACCCCGGGGUGCUCCGCAUCAGACAGGAGGCGGAUCAGGAGCAAGACGAAGGGAGGGGGAGCAUCUUGUGGACAGUCAGCGGACACCAAGGAGCGCGAUGGAGAGAAGGACGAGUUUUACUACCCAGAUCCAGCCAAUCUUAUAGAGUGGUGGUGGAGGGCGUGGCGGACAGACAGAGCACAGGUCACAUGGCCGUGGACGACAUCCGCAUUCUGGACGCGCUCGACACAGACCGCUGCAAAGAUCCGCAAGUUCCUGCUUCUCCUCCCACGCAGAUCAUCAUCCUACCGAUGGACUCGUUGGCGGAAGAGUCCGGUGAGCCAAGCGUCGUAAGCGAGGCGGACGACGCACUGAAGACGCUGGACCCCAUCCUGAUCACUAUCAUUGCCAUGUCCGCCCUCGGCGUCCUGGUGGGCGCCGUUUGUGGCGUGGUACUUUACUGCGCCUGCUCGCAUGCCGCGAUGGCCGAGCGCAACCUGUCGGCGCUGGAGAACUACAACUUCGAGCUGGUGGACGGCGUCAAGCUGAAGAAAGACAAGAUCAAUGCACACGUCAAUUACUCGGAGGCGUGA